UCUUGUCGUGUGCCACGCGCCGUGGCAACCCUGUUGCUUGGCUCUAAAAAACAAAUUCGUGGAAGAAUUUUGGAUUUAAAGUUUGAGCAUUUAAUUGUGUGUGAUUUUAAACAAAAGAAGAACAAUCAUGGCCUGGGUACCGAGCUCUCGAUUUGAGGAUGAGCUGGUGGAUAUGGAACCGGACUUCAAUCUGAUCCAUGGCCAGCUGGACUACGAGGAGCGACGAAAAAAAGAGUUCGUUCCCCGGCCCAAGAACACCUACGAGUACCUGGCGGCGCGUGAGAAACGGAACGCACAGCUGGACGGCAUGAAAGACAGCAGAUCCGCAGAGGGCGGUAAGGCCCGGGAAAUCCGUCACAGCCUGGAGAUGAUGGAGCGAAUCCAGCGGAUAGCUGGCACCAAGCCUCUGGGCGAGCAUGCAACGAUGGCGGACUGGGAGGACACUAGCACAGUUGAGUUGGAGGCUGUGGCCAUGAUGCGGCACUUCGGCAUGAUGUCCAUGGCCGGUGACUUUUUACCAACUGAAUCACUCUAUGAGGAGGACACCGCCGAGAGCCGCCAGGCGGUGCAAGAACCAUUGGUGGUCUCACGAAACGGUUACCGCACCUUUCCGCUUAUAACGGAUCCCAACUAUUUUAUACCCCGAAAGACCCGUAGACCAAAGAACACCUCCUCUGAGGGCAAUGAUACUACAGCUUCUUAUCAAACAGCAGAAAGUUGGACCAGCUGCAGUAGUGUGUACGGAUCAGCUAAAUCAGAUUCAGAAAGCAACUGUAGCAAUGUAGAAGUCCCCAAAAAGGUAGACAAGUAUAUUGAGAUACCGUACCAACUCCUAGAGGAGAGUAUCGAGGAGGAGGAGGAGGAGCAGGAGCUGCCAGCAGUUCGGGAGAAGUCAAAGGGGAAAAAGAAGGGGCGGCGGCCAAAUCAAAAGCAACGGCUUAGCCAAAUGUCCGAUCAUAAAGAGCGAUAUCAGCUAUAAAUGGCAGUAUUUAUUUACUAAACAAACUAACAAAAUACAAGUAUCAAAAUCAUAAGUAAACAGAAGCAGAAAAAAAACAACAAAUAAAAUGAAACCAGGAAUAAACCUGAAAAAGAACUGAAUCCAAACAAUAAUAGAAUGUGAUCAUAGAUAUCGUUCCAAAGCGGUUUUAUAUACUCAGAGCCAUGAAUUCAAAGUUCUUAUGAAUAGAAAUACAAAAGAGACUUGCAAGUAGCAUUAAGUUAGAGUUAAAUUAAGAAUUAAGUUCAGUUUCUUUAAACAUAGAUCAGGUCAAUUCGGCAUUCUUGCCUGUAGCUUCCCUAAAACCCUGUUGUGAAGAAAAACUUGAACAUGGUCAAGCUAUUGAAGUAUUAUUUAUGUUUUGUUUAAGUUUUAAUCAUUUUUCAAAAGAUUA